AUGACGACCGAAACCACUCCUAACCCUGCUCCUCCCGCAGAUUCGUCAUCGUCGUUCUCUCAAGAAAAGACCUUUAGCACGUACAACGCCGAUCAAGGACGAGCGUACUCGGAAAUCCGUCGUGACUAUGACCCGGGAGUCUAUCGGACCAUAUUGGAUCAUCACACUUCGACCGGUGGUCAACUCGACAUUCUUGUGGACGUAGGUUGCGGUACGGGCUACGCUACAAGAGCACUUGCACCACAUUUCACAAAAGUCUUUGGUCUGGAUCCGGCAGAGGGAAUGAUCAGUACGGCACGCAGCAGCCUCACGAAUCCGGAAGAUUCUACCAAGGUUUCCUUUGAAAUCUCGACUUGUGAAGAGUUGGGGUCCAACCUCACACCUCCAGUCGAAGAUGGGAGUGUCGAUCUCAUCACUGCCGCCAACGCGGCUCACUGGUUCGACAUGCCACGAUUCUGGGCUGCCGCUUCAAGAGUUUUGAAACCAGGAGGAACCGCCGCGAUCUGGACAUCCGGUCCAGGUCACCCACACCCGUCCAUGCCCAACGCCGAUUCCAUCCAGGCCGCCAUAGACGAGCACCAAGAGACCGAAUUGAAACCUUAUAUCCUACCUGGUAACAUCCUGGUGAGGGAUCGUUACACUGACCUGCCUUUGCCUUGGAGCGGUCCACCCGGACAGCAAACUGAAGGGUUUGACGAAACCUCCUUCGUUCGGCUUGACUGGCCCAUCGACAGACCCUUCUACGUCGCCAAACCUCAAGACGAGCAGGGAGUCGACAUGGACCUGUUCGAAAAGGCCAUGGCGACGGGAAGCGCCGAGACGAGGUGGCGCCAGGCGCACCCUGACCUUGUCGGGACCGAAAGGGACCCUCUCAGGAUGCUAAGGAGGAAGAUCGAGGGACUGUUGCACGACGCCGGUGUCGAGCCAGGACAAGAAAGGUUGAGGGGCGUGUUCAGGGGGGUGAUUUUGUUUGUCAAGAAGGAGUAA